ACAGUGAGAGGAAGGGUCAUGUCGCUCGUGUCCUCGUUCAACAUUGUCACGCUUUGUUAAAUCCUAAAAGUUUUACCUGAAAAUGGAUAAAUAAGUCGACCAUAAUACCACACCCGCUUCCCCAAGUGGAACAAUGUGUGCUCUUAAGUGGUAAUAUGUUCAGAUUUUAACUCAUAAUUGAAAAUGUGGAAAUAGUGACUUAAAUUUCGUCAAAAAUAAUUGGAAACAUUAAUAAAUAACAGUUCCCAUACUUAAAUGUUCAUAAGUAACAUUAACGUCUUGUGAAGUAUAAGACAUAAAUUUUAAGUUGACUAGAGGAUUGUAAGUGUUGGUAGUUACAUUACCAUAGUCUCCUGACACGUGGACUCUGCUAUGAGCAAUGUUGACGUUGCUGCUGGUGGUGGGUGCGGUGACCUGCUCCCCGGUACCCAGCGACCAGCCCGCCUUCACCGCCCAUGAUGCCGCCCAAGUUGAUGUCACACACGAAAUCCGUCACGUCACCUUCGAGGUUAGCGAGGAAGUGAGCGAGGCCACGGCUUCUUCCCAGGUGCCUUCUGGCGAGCCACCCGAAGACGACCCUCCGAUCCCCACGGCCACCACCCCACCCACCAGUCCUGAGGCACACUCCCACCCUGAGGCUCCAGCCCUAAAUGUACACUCCACCCACCACCAACAAGGUACCCAGUCCACUGAAACUAAUCCAGAGAGUACACCGUUCAUAGAGAAGCUCCUAGAAGAUUCCCAGUCCACGGAGGAUCAUCCAGAUGACUCCCAGUCCACAGAGAAGCUCCUAGAAGAUUCCCAGUCCACAGAGGAUAAUCCAGAUGACUCCCAGUCCAAAGAAAAUCAACCAGAGCAUCCCGAGCCUUUACAGAAUCAACCAGAUGUCGAAUUCCAAGAACAUCAGCCUGAUGAGGUGGCAGAGGGGGCUGUACAUGAGGCCGAAGGUGGUGACAAGAACAGUCCAGAGCAGGACACCACGGCUGGGGCGCACACAGAGGUUAUUGUUGACCAUGUUGUGGCAGGAGAAGCAGAUACAACCAGUGUAGGAGCAGAAGAGAGUACAGCAGGUGGAGAGGGUGAACAUCAUGUGGCUCUGUCUGAAACCUUAGCAGGGGAAGCAAAUGGAGAUGAUACACACCAUAAUGCAGGUGAAGGUGAAUUGAUGAAGCAAAUACACCAGCCAGUGAAAGGUAGUGAAGAACAUGAAGGUGCAGAUGAACAUGUGACAGGAGAACAUAAAGACACAACUCUCAAAGUUAUUGAUCCAGUGAAAGAUCUGGAUAGUGAGGAAUCAGAUGAGCAGGUGGAGACAAAAUCUCAAGAGGAGGUUCCAUCUUUUGUAAUGGAUAGUUCAGCCCCCAUAGAUAUUGUGGAAAGGAGUGACACUGACGACACAGUUCAUCACGCUUCAGAAGCCGUUGCAGAGACUAUACCACAGGAGACCCGGGUUUUGCCACCCGAAGGAUUAACAGCGGAGACCAUCCGUAAAUCCAGGGUCUACAUUCAAGAUCCUCGUGAAGAUUCUGAAGAGAUGACCCAGGCUGAAAAAUCCACAGUACUUGAAAAGGUAAACAAUGUACCCAAACUUGCCAACAGAGGUCUGGAAAUCAUGAGCAUGACCUCCCCCACUCCCGAAGGUCCUCCAGAAGGGGCACCCACUGAUGAGUUGGAGACAGAAGAGGAAGCUCCUCCUUCUGAUGAAGAAAUUGAAACCUCUGCAUUAUCUGCCGAAGAUGACCCCGAGGCAAACAACACCACAGUUGUUGUUGAGGAACCAGUAAGUUCUGAAGAGGAAGAUGGGGUGCUGCCAGAAACAGUAUCAGAAACAAUACCCGAAACUGUAUCAGAGGAGACAGAGGAAGAUGAACCGGUAGUAGUACCUGAAGUGGUACCUGUUGUACCAGAUACCCACGACCUGCCUAGUCCUAGCUCUGCCCCUUUACCAAAUGAAGAGGACACUGACAACUAUGGUGAUCCUCUCGACUCUGACAACGACAACCUUCCAGACUUUGAUGUGACAAAAGAAGAGUUGCCAUCUAAGGAACAUCCUUUACCUGAGGUGACGGCUGAGCUGCCCAUUCAUCCUCGGGACCAAAGUGAGAAAGUGGACGAGGAGGAGUCAAGUGAUCUGGCUGCCGGGGAUCACACGCUAGAGGUGGAGGCUGGCACGUCAUGGGUGUUGCCUCCUCAGCAAGAGAAGGUCAGCGCCGUUGCACCAGAGGCUCUGACGCCCGGUUGUAUCGUGGGGAUUGUGUUUGGUGUUCUCUUCUCGCUCGUCAUAUUAUUAGGUGUGGGAGGCUUCGUGGUGUGGCAGCGACGCACUCUCAACCGGCCCAAAGUUCUGGGGUCUGACCGAGGGUAUGCUGGCUCGGACUCUGGCGGCUACAUCGAUGACCAGGGCCAGACUCCGCAGGCCUCUCAACCUGAGCAGGCCCAGCAGGUGCCACAGGUUCUCAUCCACCUCAAGAACCUCAAGCCAUCACUACCUCAGGGCAUGGGGGACAAGCUCAAGAAGUCUUUGCCCACAAUGCCCAAGAUAGCCCCUAUGAACUUGCCAAACAUUGGGCAGGUCUUCACAAAGCGGGAGUCCGGAGGAUCUAAUCAGCCUGGACAAUGAUUCCUUCCUCAAUAGCUUGGAAUCCAUGACCAUCCAGAACCUAUGGACCGACAAUAUCCGGCACACCAAGUUGUAGCCCAAGUCGAGUGCAGCUUCUUACACGGAGCCCACCGCUACAGUCGUGACGUUACCUAGCUACAGCCCUGUAGCCAACCCAUCAGCAAGUUUAGACAAAAAUCCUACCGUUAGUUACCAUCAGCUUCUGACUAAUUUGGGCAUAAGUUGAGGUACAGCCCACACAGCACAGUUACCAUCAGUUUAUUGGUAAGUGGAAGGAAAGUAGUGACCUUAGUUGUCGUGGAGCCAAUCGGAUGCUGACAUCCCCAGAGGUGAAAAUGCUACUGUAUAUUUUAUGUUUGGUCUUGUAUUUUUUUAGAUAAAUCAUAACUGAAGGAACACUAUAAAUUGCAGGGGGUGUAGUUUUUUAGUCAUUGGUCAAUACUGUAUAUGAUUUAUUGCAUAUAGAUUAUGAAUUUCAUUGUGAUAUUGGUACACAAGACAUUGUAAAUUGUCUUAGGAGGGAAAAAAAUCGGUGUGUGUGUGUAUGUGUGUUUGUAGGAACAGUGAUGAAUACAGGUAUGAUAAUUCCAGUCAUAGUAAUGGUAAAAAAAAAAAUCUCAUUUGUAAUUAUCUGUUAACAAUCUUCCAAAUGUUUCCAUAAUCAUGUGACAGUUCAUUGUGUGUGGAGGAUUAAUUUGAUAUAAGAUUAAGAACUGUCCAUAUAACUUCAGUGAAAUUCUUCUCUUCCUUUGCAAAAAAAAAAAUUCAUGAAAACAAAACCUUUAUAUUUUACAUAUGAAAUUUUAUAAGUUACACAAAUCACUCGAGGAUUUGAAAAAAAUUAGUAAUUCAGGUUGUAGUGUACAUAGUUCCUAGGAUUUAGCUAAUAGUUAUGGACAGUAAAUCUUAAUUUUGUAAAGUUGAAAAGGAAGAGGAAAAAAGAUAUGAUGAAAGGGGACAAGUUUUACAGGAAGAAUACAGUGUGUACUGUAAUACUGUAUUAUACAGUAUUGUUGUAUUGGAAAAAUGACUAAUUUAUAAGAUUAAUUCCAUGUGCUGUUAAAGUGAAGACUACAGUAUAUGAGAGCAGCAUGAACCAGUUUUCUCAAGUUUUAAAUGUUGAAAUCGUAGAUUAAUUUCCAUUGGAAUAAUUGUACAUCAAGUGAAACAUCAGUGAACAUGAUUGUCAUUGAUGGUAGAAAAUUUACUUGUAUGUUUUGGUAAACUGCAUCCUUUAAGACCUCAAUAUGAAAAAAGUAUUGACAAGAAUAUGAGCCAUGAUGUUACAGAUAAACACAGUACUGUAGUUGAAAUGUUGUAUAUUAAAUGUCCUUUAUAAGUUACCGUACACAAACUAUUAAUAAGACUACUGCUUCUGUUAUGGUGAUUCUUAAGUGAUGAUAUGAUGAAGUGAUGAUACAGUACAUAACAUGAAUAUAGAUACUGUAUAUACAGAAAAAAAGAUAUUAAGACAUAAUAACCUAAUCAUUAAGUUCAAUCUACAAUGGCAAGGACUUUUUUUAUUGUGAAUCAACAAUUGCAUUUUUAUGUCAUACAUAUCUAGAAGAUAUUGUAUAUCAACAAAUAUUGCAUUUUACUACUUGGCAUCACCAGUGUGUAGUAAGUACAGUUUGACAUGCUUAUUAUGCCUGAAAUAUGGGUACAGUAUAUUGUACACCGUUACAAGUUACACUUGACUAGAUCAUUAUCCUCUCUGGGGUAAAUAUACUGAAGGAAUUGUCUUGUUGACUUGACACAAACUAGAUUAAUAAUCGUGUCGUAUUGCCAUUCUUUUGAAGCAAUAUUUAAUUUACUAAACUUAUAUUUAUCAAUAUUUAAUAGAUUAUUAUUAUUACGUAUAUACUGAAUGUAAUCAUAUCAGUGUCAUUUAUACUGUGUUGGUGGUUCAUAUUGUGUUCUACACCUGACGAAAUGUAAUUGACAUCAUUUUAUCUUUUGUUAAAGAGGGAAUAUUAAGUAGCUAUCACUUUGAUAACAUCUCCAUGGCUGUACAAUUUUUAAUUCACGUUUUUAUGCUAAUUUGUGUUCUAUCUUUCUUUUAAAUUCACAGCCACAGGUUAUAUCAAGAACAUUGCCUGGGUAUGUUGAAUAUUAUAAUAUACUGUACUGUAGUAAUAUAAAACAUCAUGACAUAUUACAAAGUACAGUACUACAACUCGAUGGACAUGUAUGGAACAUACUAUGUUUUCACAGGCAAACUCUACCUCAAGCUCAGUUCAAAUUAUGAUGGUCUCCUGGAGACUUUACAAAUAUCAUAUUUUUGUUGCUCAAGGUGGAGUCUGGAUUUGUGAGAAGUAAAUGAAUAUUUGAUAAUAUCCAGGAUAUUACUUUCACCUGAUAUAGGUACUGCAGCAGCAUGUUCUCACAUUUUUUUCAUAAGGCUUUGUGGUUUACUAUUUUGUGAAAUUGUAGAUCACAAUAUUUGUCCCUCACUAAAAUUCAAGACAAGCAAAUUAUUCUGCUUACCGUAUAUACAGUAUGCUGUACUGUACGUACUUUGUUGUCAUCCAUGUAGUGCAUACACACUGAUAUCAUGUGCUGGUAUCAGGUGCUUGAGAGAAAUAAUGCAUUUGUAUUGGUUGUGUGCAGGUGUUGUAGCCCAGUUUUCAUGCAAGAAUUCUAGGUAUACAGUGACAUGCAUACUAUUAUUUAUUGUGCAUCACUCAUGAUUUUUGUGUGUAAAACAACUACAUAGUGCAUAAAUGAACAUGUUGCUGUGGUGCUAUGAACAAGUUUGCUAUAGUUUUGGCAGGGAUUGAAAGCUGAAGAAGUAUAGGUUAAGUGGAACUGCUAAAUGUUCAAACUUAUUACGGAAAAAGUAGACCCUCCACUUCGCAAAGGUUUUAAUAUCUGUAAAGUAGCUGUUGAGAAUACUUUUUCUAAACUUUAAAAAUAAAUUUUAGUUGCAACUUGGAUGUCCAUGCAAGUGCAUCUUAGCAUUUGGUGUAUUCUACUAUAAAGGAUGUGAAAGACAUACACUCCUCUGAGAUUAAUUGCUUUUCAACAUCUACUGCAGAUUUUAGUUAUUUGUUCUUUGUGUUUUUACCUCCUCUUGUGUAAUUUUUUUGUUUACUACCAACGUCUCUUACACUUUCACUAUCUCGAGUAUGAAAGUGACUAAGGAAGAGAAUCUAUUUGGCUGCUAACCUUAUUUGGUACAUAGUUAGCAUGAUACCUGAUAGAAUAUUAUGCUAAUAAUAGUUUUCCUUUAUGUCUCCCUCAUAAUUAUGGCUCAGAAGAACAGAAUGUAUAUAAGAUAUUUUAUCAUAUACUACUUCCAGUACAUGGUCUCAGAGGUCUUUUGAAUUAAUUGGUGUACUGUACCAGGAUUUUUAGGAAUACCACCUUCACCUUUCUAGUCCUCCAUAUAAGUGAUUCCAUGUUUAUGCAACUAUUAGAGGGAUUAUUUCAUGUUGAAUACAUACAGAUGGUUUUUAAUGUUAUUCUCCAUAAUACAGGUAUAUGGGGAGGCUACCUUACGAGGCAGUGCACCUCGCGUUUUUCUUCAGGCAAAACUCAUGGUACUAAAAAUGUUGUAUAUGUAUUACGUCAAUUUUAUUACCGCAGUUAUUUCAUCAUAUAUAAAUCGGUAUAGCAGAGAUGAAGUGUACAGUUUUUAAGAAGUUUAAUAUCCUCAUGUUAAUGUAGUUCCCAUAUUUGUAAAUACAGUACAGUAUCAUUAUCUUGUUUGGAGUGAGACAACAAGUAGAGGAUACAGAGUAAGUUCAAUUGUACCCCAGCAGCUAAAGGUUAACUUCUAAUUUGUUAAGUUAAAAUUUAAUUGGUAAUAACUAGAGCUGGUGAGGUACAGUCUUGCUCCCAAGUCUUGUAGAUUCUUUCUACACCAGCUCACUCUGGGUAGGGUUUAUGCAUCUAUCGAGAUCUCAAGCAAGUGUUACAAAUUUUGAGAAGUUUUCUCCCGUGACCUGUGUGGGAGAGCUAUACAAGGAGUCCCCAUAUGAAAGCCAUGUUUAACGUGUUUUCUCCUACAAAGUAAUAAAACUACAACAUAUAGCAAUAGUAGCUUGCUAAACUGAUUGUGAAAAAUUUUUCAAUUUGAGGAAAUUCUGCUUUCAUAAGCUUCAUGAAGAUUUUGGACAUCAAUAUUAUCUUCUUUUUUUUUUUUUUCAAAAGGGGAAGGUAUUUAAAGAUAGUUAUAAAGUGGAAAGUAGUUGUUGUUUCAGCCUUUCCCCUAAAAGGUAUACGCUUCCUAUUGAAUGUGGUUUUGUAUUAGCUUGCAUCUAAGAUACUUAGGAAGCAUAUGCUGCAAGUGCUCCUUUGGACUUCAUUGUGGUCUACAGUUACAUAAGGGCAUGUGGCAGCACAGUAUUUACACUCAUUUUAUAAAAUUUUCAAAGUUGUUACAUUUCCAAGGGCUACUGUAGUUAGAAUAGUGUGGUCUCUCUUAGCUUGCCCUUAGUGAAAAAUUACUCCAGACCUAAUCCUAAACAUUAGCUUCACUUCGGUGAGUACAAAACCCUGGGCUUCGACAUGUGAUAUUUACCCGAUCCGAAAAUGCCAGUGACAGUACAGAACUUCAUCACCAUGUGCUAAAUCAUGCUAGGAACUUGAUAGGUUUACGGAAGUCAGACUCCGUGGCUUUGUGUGUAAAACGUGAUGUAUGAGGAUGUACUCAUUACUUGAUAAAUUAUUCCCAACUCAAUUGUAUGUAUGAUGUGUCAUAUGGAUUAGAUGAUGUUCUAUCAUUGUAAGUCAGGCAGAAGUAUUCAAUACUAUUUCUAUAUCCUGUUUUUGAUGUUUACACGAUGUCCAUUUUCAAACCAAAGAUGUAUAGUUUUAGGAAUGAAGUUAAAGAAUAAAAGAUUAUGGCCUCAAGGGCAUUAUGCUAUA